GAUAUCGGCUUUUAUAGGCUGAGGCUCAAUUUGGAUAGUUCGCCAGGCCUUUCUCAUUGGUCUUAGACGACAUCGUCGUGAUCGUUCAGAGGAUCGUCCGUCGCAUUCCUUCGCUGCCGUCGAAUCGCAGUGCGACGCUGUGCAAACGUUGAGGAACGUGCGCGAACUUCGUAAGGUGCUGAGCACCGCACUCCGUGCGUCGCUAGUACCCUACUAGGGUGGCCGUCCUUUUCUAAGGCGCCUCAGUAAUAGACAUUCGUACGGUGCUGAAGACUCCGUGCGUCGCUAAGUACCCUACACGGGCAGCGACGCUCCCUACGAGGGUAGCCGUACACCGUUGAAUCAGUACGAACGUCAGAAGGUACUAUAGCCAAGCGUGUCGCAUCGUCAGCCGAAGGUGUGCGGGUCGGAGUCGCAGGGUCGGAGGCGUCGCAGAGGUUAAGCACAGGCGUCGCAGAGGGGAGUCGCAGACGUCGCAAGCGAUCGUUACAAGGGAUCGUCACAAGCGAUCGUCACAAGCGAUCGUCGCCGGCGAUCGUCGCGGCGAUGGAGCAGGAGCUAGUGAGCUACGCGGGCGUGGCGUGGAGGGGCCACGUGCUGGCGGACUACGGCCGAGAGACGGCCGCGCUCGCUGCGGCUGUAGCGGAGGCGAUUAAAGACCUCCCGCCAUUCGCCUCUCACCUAUCGCUGGGCUGCGGGCGAGUAUUCGCGCUCGUCCAGCGCGCCCGCGACGAGCCGUUCGGCUCCGACGCGGCGACCGCUGCGACGACAGCGGAAGCGCAGAACGCGACGCAGCCGCGAGGGAGUGACUAUAACGGGGCGGGGGCGGUCUUCUUUCUGAUUGGCUACGAGCCGCUGAGUAAAGACCAGGCGCGCGCGCUCCUCGGGCGGAUCCGCUCCGCGUUUGAAACCGCCGUGCUUACUACUAGCAAAGCAAGCGCUCUUAACGAAGCCGUUCUUGACGACGACGCGCUUCGCGCGUCCAUUCGCCAAUCGCUUGCCGCCACGUUUCGCUGCUUCCGCGGCCGGAUCGCGGACGAGCCGUCGGCUCUUAUGGUGUACGGCGACGCUCCUAAAGCGUACAAAACCCGCGUGGAAGAACGGCCUCCUAACGAACGCGGUGAGAGCGACGGGAGUGACAGUAGCGAUAGUGACAGUAGCGAAUCGGGAAGCGGGAGCGAAGGCGAAGGGGAGGGGGAGGGGGGUGAGAAGGGAACGAAAAAGAAUGAAAAGGGGAAAUCGAAAAAGAAGGGUAAAAAGGAGGGGAAAUGGGACUGGGUAAAAAAACAAGAGGAAGCGGUGAACAGAAAGGCGCAGCGGGCAGCCGAAAGAGCUAGUAGGGUCCAAGUACGGGCAGCCAAAAAGGUUGAGGUCGAAGAACGGGCAGCUAGUUCGGAAGCCGCGCAGGGGGAAUUGGGGGCCUACGGCGCGGCAGAAGUAGGCGCGGGGAGAGCCGCUGGGAAAGGGGAAGGGGACGCGGACGGGGAAGAGAACGCGCAGCUCUUGGCGCUGAAGCGGGAAAUUCUGGAGGCACAGGCGCAACUGGAGAGACUGCAACAGGGGCAGGUAGAGCCGAGGGAGGAGCAGCGGGGUAAUUUUUCCCAGCAGCGACAAGAGCAGCAGCAGCCGCAGCAGGGGCAGGAGGAGGAGGAGGAGGAGAAGCAGAGGGACCCAUGGAAUAGCAUAGUGCGACGAAAGUCACUACAGUCCAACCAGCAGCCACAGCCGCAGCCACAGCUGCCGCUACAGCAGCAGGACUGGCAGCAGCAGCAGCAGCAGCAGCAGCAGCAGCAGCAGCAGCAGCAGCAGCAGCAGCAGCAGCAGCAGCAGCAGCAGCAGCAGGAGCAGCAGCAGGAGCCGUUGGGAGCGGAGGGGCUCCGAUUGGCCGGCAGGACUUUGUCUGUAUCCAUCUCCCUGGACCAAUACGACGAGAGCGCUGACGUCAGCAAGCACCUGCAGUCGUGGCACCAGGAGAAGCCACCAGCCGAGCACGCCACCGCUGAUGCAGCACCAGUUGGUCGUGCUGACGUGGCAGCAGCUGCCAGUGAUCGAGCGCCAGCUGGCAGCGUCAUCUCACCUUUCCCAGAGGUUGUUGCGGCAGAGCAGAAGGCUCCAGGAAGCUUCACUCCCCCUCUCAACUCGCCUUCAUGGAAAAAUGUCCCUCCCUUGGAAGAAGUCAAUACCCCAUCGGUCCACGGUGGUAUUGAGUUAUAUCAGAGCUACACAAACGAGGGUAAUGCAGCCAAGGGAACCAGCUCGAUGGCUGACGUGGCCGCCACGUCAGCAGCAGGGCACGCAACGGCCGACGACGGCGAUACUGCUGCCGUCAGCAGUCGCCGGACUCCCAGCUUUGCGUUCGAACGAGCAGGAGAAGGGAAGACAGGGGAGGCCGAAGGAAUGCGUCUUCCCGCCUACCUGGCGGGGGCCAAAAACCCCGCUGCGACUAAGGAGAGCUUGGGCAGAAGCCCAAGCAUCCCUGCUGCUGUGAAUAUGGCUGCUACAACCGGCUUUGCUACAGCUGCUACAACCGGCUUAGCCACAUCUGCUGCCACAACUGUUGAGCGAUCACUCAAGCCUGCCACAGGCAGUAGCGGCGGCUGUAGCGUCAAUAGCGUCAGCCUGCCAGCCAGAAUCCUCUCUGACGUACCCAUGCCGCUACAGCUGAUGCCUCCUCCUUCCCUGCUACAGUCCCCCGGCUGUAGCACAGGGGCCGCCCCUCGCGUCAGCUUCAGCAGCAACAGCAGCGGGUUGGGCGAGAGCGGGGGCAUCAGCUGUAGCAGCCCCCGCUACAGCUGUAGCAGCCGGAGCCCCGAGAGCAGCAGGAGCAGCAGUAGCGCCGCUGCUGCAGCUGUAGCAGCAGCAGGAGGGAAGGUAGCAGGUGCAGCAGGAGGGGGGGAAAAUCAGGGAAACCCUAAUUCAGGCAAAGCAGAAAGAACUACAGGCCGUGGUUGUGAUGGAGGGGAGACGCUUGACUUGGCUGAGUUGUGUGGGGGGGAGGGGGAUUCAGGAGAAAUUUCAGGUGGAUUUUCAGGUGAAUUUCCACGUGAGUCUUCGCAGGGGAGUUCCCGAGGCAAGAAGGGGCUGGCGUCUCUGUUCAGGUUUAAGACUGCCACGUCAGCAGCUGCUAGCAAGUCGCCCAAGGGGGCGUGGGGGGGAGGGCAGGGAGAGAAGGCAGUGACGCCGAAGGGGGAAGAGGGAGAGACCGAGAGUGACAAUAAUGAGAGUGAUUAUAAGGGAAGUGAGCAUAGCGGGAGUAGGUUCACCCUGUGGGGGAAGGGGAGCAGCAAGGAUGGGAGUGGGAAGGAGAAGAGUGGGAAGAAAGGAAGUGGGAAGAAGGGUGUCCGCAGCAGCAGCAGUAGCAAUCUGGCUGGUGGUGAGAGCAACGAGGGAGAUAUACUCGCUAUAGGCAGCUCCUUUAGCAAUAUAAGCAGUCCGUUGUCAGGAACUCCUUGUGGCGGCACGCCCCUUGCCGGGACCCCCAACUCUCUCACUCCCCGCUCUACCACCAUGCCUUCAUUCCAACUUCCCUCGGACAAUAGUCCUAGCCACCACGUCAGCAGCUCCAAGGGCCACGUCAGCAGCCCCAGGCACCGACUGGGUGGUGGUGGUGUGAGAGAGGGCGUACUGCUAGAGGACGACAAACGCAAGGGAGCAUACGCCAGGCAGAGAGCAGCAGCAGCGGCGGCGGCGGCUUGUAACGAGUUGCGCUCGAACGAGGAUGACUCUGACCCACUGUCUUCCCCUGGCUCCAUAGCCUCUUCCACCGGUACUGGCCUCUCUGCUUCCAGUGCCGGCUUCUCUGCCUCUUCCUCCUCCUUCCUCCCCCUACGCUUACCCUCCCCCAACCGGCGGACACUCGGUAACUCCUCUCUAUCUUCCCUCCCCUCCUCUCAGCCUUCUCUCCCCCCCUCGUCCUCCACCUCCUCCUCUUCCUCCUCCAUUCACCCUUUUCUCCCCUCACUCUCCUCCCUUGCCUCUCACGCCCUCCCCUCCUCCUCCUCUUCCUCCUCCUCCUCCAUUCGGCGCCUCUCAUUGGACAACGCUGCUGCGAGAGUCGACCUGUCGGGCUUCAGCCAAAAGCCGGACCGGGUUACCCGGAAUGCGGGGGUAGUUACCCGGCCGCGGUCGCCUUUUCCCGACUACGAGGAAGAGCAAGAGCAAGAGCAGCAGCAGCAGCAGCAGGGGCAGCAGCAAGGACAGCAGGUAUGGGCACAGGAGCGCAAUGCGCUGCAGCCAAAGCACCCGAGUGCAACAACAACCACAUCCUCCCGCCCUCCCCACGCCCCCAUGCACCCCCACAUGCACAAUGCUGCUGGCACCUCUCUGCUUGCAAAGAGCGGGCUUAGCAGGGCCGACAGCAUCAAGGGGGAAAGCAGAAGGGGCGAAAGCAGCAGCAUUGGCAACAACGCUGGCAGCGCUGACAGCAGCAGCAGCAAUGGCAGCAGGGACAGCAGCCCUGCACCUGCUCGCCCCUUUGGUGCAGGAGGCAGGAGUGUGAGUGUGGGGGCCUUAGGUGCGCUGCUAGAAAGCGCUGGCGCUGGUGCUGCUGCUGCUGCUGGCGCUGCAAGUGGGCCAGCAGGAGGAGGGUUGAUGGGAAUGUGGGCCGCAGCAGGGAGCAGCCCUUCCAGCAGGCAGCCCAUCAGUGGCAGCUCCUCACCUGGUAACCUGCCGGCUGGUAACCGGUCAAGUUCAGGUGCGGUAACUGCAGGUACGGUGACUGCAGGUACUGUGACUGCUGCCAGUCUUGAGAGUGAAAUAACUGCUGGCAGUCCUAAGAGUGGCAACACGUGGAAGAGCUUGCCUCGGAGCCACUCCCAGCACCUGGGUCUUCGUGAGAGCCCUCAAAAGGGCACUGUUACUACACACAAGGUAACUGCUGCCAGUCUUAAGAGUGAGAUAUCUGCUGCCAGUCCUAAAAGUGGGAUCACUGCUGCCAGUCGUGUGAGCGACAGCAUGUGGAACAGCUUGCCCCUGAGCCAGUCUCAGCACCUGGGACUUAGUGAGAAUCCUCUUAAGGACCCUGUUACUCCAGGCACGGUAACUGCUGCCAGUCGUGUGAGUGACAAUCCUUGGAACAGCUUGCCUCUGAGCCAAUCGCAGCACCUGCCCCGCCUCUCGCCCAGAGACCCCUGGAACGUCCUGGUAGGCCCACAGUCGCAGAAGCAGCCAAACACCCAGGAGAAUUCCCAGGAGAAUUCCCUGGAGAAACUGCAACAGAGGAUGCAGAUCCAGCAGCAGCAGCAGGUGAGUAUGGAAGCCAGGGGGGGAGCGCAAGAGGAGGAAGAGUGGCAGCCGCCAUUGGUUAAGACAAGCAUUGGUGGCACAGCUUUCAAAGGUGCCGUUUCUCCUUCUUCUCCUGCUGCUGCGGCUGCCACUCCAUCUGGGAGUCACCACCUCUUCUCCCCGACCGGCUCUCUCUUCUCCCAUAGUAAGCUUCAGCGCCGAGCCUCGCUCUCAGGUUGGGCAAGGCUGGGAGCCAUGGGUAAGAGCAGCAGCAGCAACAACCUGCCUGCAAAAGCUGGUGCAAAUGAUGCUUAUGCGUCAGGGGCUGAUGGUUUGGCUGAUUCCGCUUCGGCUGCUGGUACUCCCACUGCUGUUGCUUUCGCGAAAUCGGCUGCUACUGCUGGUGCUUCUCCUAAUGCUGCUACUACUGGGACUGCUGCCCCCGCUGCUGCUGCCCCUGCUGCUGCUGCUGCUGCUGCUGCUGCUACUACGAAGCUUCCUGUUGUUUCGAGCAAGCAUCACGCCAAGACUGCACGCAGCAGCAACAGCAGCAGCGGAGGCAAGGACCCCUGGAGCAAAGCGAUCAGAAAGCUCUGGAAGGCUGCCAGGAGAAAGGGGGAGGGGAAGGGGAAGACGGAGAGGCAAGAGAAGGAGAAGGGUGGAGGGACGGUGGGGAAGAGCACGGGUGUGCAGGGGGUUAUGAGAGAGGAGGUGGAGGAGGAUGAGGAGGAAGAGGAAGAGUGGGAUGAGGAGGAAGAGGAAGAGGAGGAGGAUGAGGAACUUGAUGCCUGGGAGCUUCUAGGGGAAGGACUGGGAGGGAAGGGAGGAGGGGGAGGGCGAGGUGGAGGAGGGAAACCCAACCGCCGGGUGUCAUUAUCUGGUUGGCCCGGUGGUGGGGGAGGUGCGUUUGGUGGGAAGAGCAAGAGUGUCGGUAACAGUGGGGGUAGGGACCAGAGGAGGUUGAGUGCGAGUGGGAUGGUGCAUGGGAUGGUAGGGGCCAGGGGGCAGCACGGUGAGUUGGAGCGUGGGGUGCAUGGGGAGCAUGGCUAUGUGGGAGAUGUUACAGGGGUUCAGGCAGCAAAGGUUGCUGCAGCUCUGGCUCGGGCUGCUGGGGGUGCUGAUGUGGCUGGGGGUGUGAGGCGAGGGAUGGUCGCGAAUGGGUUGGGAACAGGAGAUCAGGAGCGUAGUAAUGCUGUUAUUGAGUCAGCUGGUGGGGGGGAUGGGGAGGUGGAGGAGGAUGAUGGAGGCUGGGCGCAGGUGCUGGGGCAGAGAGUGGGGGUGAAGUCGAAGAGGAGGGUCAGCUGCACUGUGUGAGAACGAUGAAGGGAUCAAGAGGAAACAACUACCGUACAUUAUUGACGCGACGUGUCACAUGACAUGAGCAGAUGCCUCUGCUUUCAGAAGGCGCACAUUCCACCUCUUCCUUUUUUCUCAUUUGAUUUACCCUAAAGCUGGGUGGUAGCACAUCGGAAUGGGAUUUCUCGCGUGGGCAUCUGGUAUUACGGGCAAAGAGGGGGUUUUCAAGUACAAUCAACUAGUUGCAAGUAUCCUAUGCCCAUUUCUCAUGUGUUACCCUUCGAGAACUAUUAGGCUUUAGCGCAGCAGCACAAAGUGGGUGCAAUGACGUCUCUCACACGCCAUCUCUUUUCCACG